AUGACGUCAUCCGUAACGUCAUCACUAGAAACGAAGAUACUAUGUAGCGCGCGCUGUGAGGUAUUCUACGACGGCCGGAAGGAAAAGCUUCCCGACUUGAAUGAGAGCGCGUGGUACGAGGGCUAUACCCUCUUCCUCCCAAUCCUGUCGACUCUUGGCGUAAUCAUCCACGCGAGGAAAGGCACGCACGGGGGCGUGGCCAUCUCAUCUAGCAAACAUGUCUACGACACGAAUAACAAAAGGUGGAAGUGUCAUGACAAAGUUAGCAGUCUUCAAUGGGCUAUCCCAGGACCAGUGUCUCAGUGUGGGGCAAAUGUUUCGGAAGCUCUCUUUCCAGACUGUCCGGCAGAUGUGACCGUCUACAAUGCCACCUGGAUCUGGUCGCGAAGGUACGAUUCACCCGACCAACCCAAAACGGCAUAUUGUAGGCUCUCUAUAUUAGGGAAUUCCCAAGGCCAGUACCGUGAGAUAGCCAUACUGUCAGUAGCCAUUGUAGUGGCCAUCAUUCAACUGAUCAUUGUCAUAUUUAGCAUUCACAUGAAAAAGACACAACCCCCUAAACCUUACGUCCUAGCGGGUGUCGGGCCAUCCAAAUUUGAGCCACCACAGGGUGUGCUAUCAAAAUCCCAGCUACCUACCGGUCAACACUACACUCUCUUUCGUAACGAUACCAUUAAAAUCAAAAUAAUUUUAAAAAUUUUCAAAUAA